CAGGCGCCGCGGCCGCUGCUGCGCUUCAGUGCAGGGCUGGCGGGCGCCGAGCGAGCCAGGGCUGGAGCCGGGAGCCAGUUGCUCUCGGAGCUGCGGCGGCUACAUCUGGGGCGGUCUCCGUCCUAUCAACGCUGUGGCCAGCGCCGGGCAGCGUCUGCCCAGCCAACCCAGGAGGAGCGGUGCAGACACUUUUUAUUUUGGAAGAAAAAGGCAAGUCCGGUGGGAGCUUCCCUCCCGGCCUGGCUGGCUCCUCAGUGCGCCCCAGCUCCGCACAGACUCUGGAGGAUGACUCCGAGGUCUGCCCUGUGUAUUCUAGCAGCGGCGGCUCGGGGUGGCAGCCGAAAGUAGCAACACACUUGGUCUAGAAGCGGCUGGUGGAAAAGUGAGCCGCGGCGGCACGAACUUGGCUCUACCCGCGCCCCCGGCGCCGGCUGUUCCUCGCGGCUCCUUCCUCUUGGCUCCCCGGCGGCCGCAGCAUGAAGUGGCGCAGCGAUGGCCAGGAGAGGUAAGAAGCCCGUGGUGCGAACCCUGGAGGAUCUGACGCUGGACUCGGGUUAUGGUGGCGCGGCGGACUCGGUGCGCUCUUCCAACUUGUCUCUGUGCUGUUCCGACUCGCACCCGGCGUCCCCGUAUGGCGGGAGCUGCUGGCCGCCUCUAACUGACUCCAUGCACAGCCGGCACAACAGCUUUGACACUGUCAACACUGCCCUGGUGGAAGACUCCGAGGGGCUGGACUGCGCCGGCCAGCACUGCUCGCGGCUGCUGCCGGACCUCGACGAGGUCCCCUGGACCCUCCAGGAGCUGGAAGUGCUGCUGCUUCGCUCGCGGGAUCCCCGGGCAGGCCCGGCGGUCCCCGGCGGCCUGCCUAAGGACGCGUUGGCCAAGCUGUCGACACUGGUGAGCCGGGCGCUGGUGCGCAUCGCCAAAGAGGCGCAGCGCCUGAGCCUGCGCUUCGCCAAGUGCACCAAGUACGAGAUUCAGAGCGCCAUGGAGAUCGUGCUGUCCUGGGGCCUGGCAGCGCAUUGCACAGCGGCCGCGCUGGCCGCACUGUCUCUCUACAACAUGAGCAGCGCCGGCGGCGACCGCCUGGGCCGCGGCAAGUCGGCUCGCUGCGGCCUCACCUUCUCUGUGGGCCGCGUGUACCGCUGGAUGGUGGACAGCCGCGUGGCGCUGCGCAUCCACGAGCACGCCGCCAUCUACCUGACAGCUUGCAUGGAGAGCCUCUUCCGGGACAUCUACGCGCGAGUCGUGGCCUCCGGGCUGCCCCGGAGCUGCAGCGGGCCUGGCUCAGGCUCCGGGUCGGGCCCAGGCCCGGCCUCGGGUCCCGGUACGGCCCCCGCGGCGGAUAAGGAACGAGAGGCGCCCGGGGGAGGAGCGGCAAGCGGCGGCGCCUGUAGCGCAGCCAGCAGCGCCAGUGGGGGCAGCAGCUGUUGCGCCCCGCCGGCAGCCGCGGUCCCGCCAGCAGCAGCCGCCAACCACCUCCAUCACCACCACCACGCGCUCCACGAGGCGCCCAAGUUCACUGUGGAGACCCUGGAGCAUACAGUGAACAACGACUCCGAGAUCUGGGGGCUCCUGCAGCCCUAUCAGCACCUCAUCUGCGGGAAGAACGCCAACGGGGUGCUGUGCCUGCCAGACAGCCUGAACCUCCACAGAGACCCGCAGCGGUCAAGCAAGCCGGGAGAGCUGCCCAUGUUCAGCCAGUCGGAGUUGAGGACCAUCGAGCAGUCCUUGCUGGCCACCCGCGUGGGCAGCAUCGCGGAACUGAGUGACCUGGUGUCCCGAGCAAUGCAUCACCUGCAGCCCCUCCAUGCCAAGCACCAUGGCAACGGCACCCCCCUGCACCACAAGCAGGGGGCGCUGUACUGGGAGCCGGAGGCCUUGUACACCCUUUGCUAUUUCAUGCACUGCCCGCAAAUGGAAUGGGAAAACCCCAAUGUGGAGCCUUCCAAGGUCAAUCUCCAGGUGGAAAGGCCCUUCCUCGAGCUGCCGCCGCUGAUGGAGUGGAUCCGGGUGGCCGUGGCGCACGCCGGCCACCGCCGCAGCUUCUCCAUGGACAGCGACGACGUCCGCCAGGCGGCCCGGCUGCUGCUGCCCGGCGUGGACUGCGAGCCGCGCCAGCUCAGGGCCGACGACUGCUUUUGCGCUUCUCGGAAGCUGGACGCAGUGGCCAUCGAAGCCAAGUUUAAGCAGGACCUGGGCUUCAGGAUGUUGAACUGCGGGCGGACGGACCUGGUGAAGCAGGCGGUGUCUCUGCUGGGGCCCGACGGAAUCAACACCAUGAGCGAACAGGGCAUGACCCCCCUGAUGUACGCCUGCGUCCGUGGGGACGAGGCGAUGGUUCAGAUGCUGCUGGAUGCCGGAGCUGACCUGAAUGUGGAGGUUGUCAGUACUCCUCAUAAAUAUCCAUCCGUCCACCCUGAGACCCGCCAUUGGACGGCUCUGACUUUUGCUGUGUUGCAUGGACAUAUUCCUGUAGUUCAGCUCCUCCUGGAUGCUGGGGCCAAGGUGGAAGGCUCCGUGGAGCAUGGCGAGGAGAACUACUCAGAAACACCCCUCCAGCUCGCAGCUGCCGUAGGAAAUUUUGAGCUGGUUAGUUUGCUGUUGGAGCGUGGUGCGGAUCCCCUGAUAGGAACCAUGUACAGGAAUGGAAUUUCUACCACCCCCCAGGGUGAUAUGAACUCUUUCAGCCAGGCCGCAGCCCACGGACACAGGAAUGUGUUCCGCAAACUGCUCGCCCAGCCAGAGAAGGAGAAGAGUGAUAUCCUGUCCCUGGAGGAGAUUCUGGCUGAGGGGACUGACCUGGCAGAGACAGCCCCGCCCCCUCUGUGCGCCAGCCGCAACAGCAAGGCCAAACUGAGGGCCCUGAGGGAGGCCAUGUAUCACAGUGCCGAGCACGGCUACGUGGAUGUCACAAUUGAUAUCAGGAGCAUAGGUGUCCCGUGGACCCUGCACACGUGGCUGGAGUCCUUGCGGAUCGCCUUCCAGCAGCACCGCAGGCCCCUCAUCCAGUGCCUGCUGAAGGAGUUUAAGACCAUUCAGGAGGAGGAGUACACGGAGGAGCUCGUUACCCAGGGCCUGCCCCUGAUGUUCGAGAUCCUGAAGGCCAGCAAGAACGAGGUGAUCAGCCAGCAGCUGUGCGUCAUCUUCACGCACUGCUAUGGGCCCUACCCCAUCCCCAAGCUCACGGAGAUCAAACGGAAACAGACCUCGCGCUUGGAUCCUCAUUUUCUUAACAAUAAAGAAAUGUCUGAUGUUACCUUUCUGGUAGAAGGAAGACCAUUUUAUGCUCACAAAGUGCUGUUAUUUACAGCCUCUCCAAGGUUCAAAGCGCUCCUCUCCAGCAAGCCGACAAAUGACAGCACCUGCAUAGAAAUUGGUUACGUGAAGUACCCCAUCUUUCAGCUGGUCAUGCAGUAUCUCUACUACGGUGGCCCAGAGUCACUUCUCAUUAAAAACAACGAGAUAAUGGAGCUUCUGUCUGCCGCUAAGUUCUUCCAGCUGGAAGCUCUGCAGCGACACUGUGAGAUCAUCUGUGCAAAAAGCAUCAAUACCGACAACUGCGUGGAUAUUUACAACCACGCCAAGUUUCUUGGGGUCACAGAGCUCUCAGCGUACUGUGAAGGCUACUUUCUCAAAAACAUGAUGGUCCUCAUCGAAAACGAAGCAUUCAAGCAGCUCCUAUAUGACAAAAAUGGUGAAGGGACGGGCCCGGACGUGCUGCAGGACUUACAGAGGACGUUGGCCAUCAGGAUUCAGUCCAUCCACUUGUCGUCUUCUAAAGGUUCUGUUGUAUGAAACGUCCAACAGCAGCAAACGCUUCCCAGGGACCUUCCAGAUCUCCUGCCGAACUGGC